AUGGUUUGUGCAGGCCACACCAACUUUUCGGACUCUCCCCUGUUCGCCCCCGGACCGUUGCGGAAGCUACAGGGCGCCGGGGAUAUAGAUUGUGUCAUUUUCAUUGACCAGGUGACCCGCCUGGCGCUCUGCGCCCUCGAGAUCUUCCUCCGGAGGCGGACCAGCUCGGGGGACGCGGCGAAGACGCCUGCGCCGGGUGACCUAGGGUCGGUGGUGCUCGGCGAAGACUUGGCCGUCGCUUUCCCCGAGGCCCGGGUGAAGAGAGUGUGCGCGGGGGGCGUGAUGCCCUCCCCGCGCACCAAAAUAAGCAGCACGGUGCCCUAGAAGAGAGUUUGUAGAGAGCACGACGCCGGGCUGAACGGUAGAUAGAGCGCCUUUGCACGGAGAACGGUGGGGUGAAAUUCCUCACUUUUGCGGCAGAAGAAAAGCGUGCAAAUAGUCGUGUUUCCUCUCUCUCAAACAGGUGUA